AUGCCCCAGAAAGUAGAGAGUGACCAAAGACUACCACAAAAUAAACACAAUGAAGGAAGACCUCAAAUCGAGAGACAGAUAAGUCUCGGUACAGACGAUGAACAAGCUUACUCGGGCGAAGAAACAGAAAGACAAAACGAAUUUGAUGUUCGCACUAUCACAGAAGAUUUUGACUGGGGAGGUCGUGAUGAUGAAGACGAAGAAGACAGACGGGAAGACAAAAGAAUCAAGGAUAAGAAAUCCCUAGUCUCUACACAUCUUCUGUUUUGCAUUUCUCGCAAUGCGUCCAACAUCCAAUGGAUCUGUCUUAUACUAGUUGCAGCCAUUUUCUUGGCCAUAUGUGUGGCCGUGUGGGAGGUGUAUGGGCAUAGAGGCCAAGUUACAACCACAUCAUAUGGAUUACAACUUUGGUUUACUUGGAUGGCCUUCAUGUGGUCAAUUGGAAUCUUUACCCAAAUCAUGACCGAAGCAGUACCAUGGUUUAUAAGAAAGAUCGGUACCAGUCUUAGACCCCAGUCAACCGAGGCUCUUCGCACACGUCUAUCGUACUACAUGGCACUUCGUCUAUUCACCAGAUUUGUCAUCAAUGCUGCCUUUGCAUGGGGCUCUUGGGCUCUUAUUUCCGAAUGUGCGCCUCUCCCUGAAGGAACCGAAAAACCAGGCUAUGUUCAUAUAUUCUAUAGUAUAUGGGAAUGUCUGUUUUUCGCAGCAAUUUUACUUUUUGUAGAAAAGCUAAUUCUGCAAAUGAUCGUUGUCAAUUUCCACAAAAAAGCAUAUGGUGACAGAAUUGCCAAGAACAGCCGAGAACUUAAAAUACUCGAUAACUUGAGAAAACCAAAGCGUAAACCACAUCAAGAAUUCUUACUCAAACGUAUUCGUCGAAAGAAACCAGAAAACGAAACCAAUUCCAAUGGAGUAACAUCAAAUGGAAAAAGUCUUGCUGAAAACUACCGGUCAGAGCAGAUGAAGAAAAGUAAGAAAUCUAUCAUGACCUCCAAACCAACAGGUUCAUCUCCGGAAGGUCACGGACCCAAACAAAAUGUGCGAUUUCCCUCUCAAAAUAUGGACACUCUCGUUGCUAUUCCUUGCGUUGACCAGUUGCAAGAAGACGAACAAGAUGCCGAUCGGUCCAGAUCAUCCCCAGGUGACAUUUCUCGGGACAGAACCUUGACAGAACUGACUCCCGACAUUGAGGCUCAAAGGCCCCAAGAAAAGUCAGAUGAACACUUUAUGAAGAAGCUCGCCAAAAAAUUGGCUCACAAAGAAAACUCUCCAAAAAUACAACAGAGACCUGUGGAUGGAGACGACAAUGAGAUCCCUCUUUCUAGAUCUAGCUCAUGGAGUGGAGGACGAAGUAGCUAUGAAAAGAGCAUGACUUCUGGCCGCGAUUUUAACAUUAGUUCAACCCUACCUGGAAAGCUAUUCAGAGGUGGCUAUAAAAAAUUAGUGGGCCAAUCAGUCGGUGUCAACCAGAAUACCUCUCAGCAAGCAAAAUCAACGGCCAAACGAAUUUUUUACAACGUAGCUGGCCACUCGCCAACUCGCGAUCACAUUGUAGAGAGUGAUCUCUUGCCUUUAUUUGAAACACGCCAACAGGCUACAGAAGCCUUCCAGAUGUUUGAUAAGGAUGGAAACGGGGAUAUCAGCAAGAGAGAGUUGCGUUCGGGGUGUAUUCGUAUUUAUCGCGAACGUAAAAACCUGGCCCGAUCAGUCCGUGAUUUGUCACAAGCAACAGGAAAAUUGAACAUUAUUCUUCUUGUGAUCUUUAUAGCCAUAUGGGUCGUUAUUGUUCUUGCAUCAUUUGGCGUAAAUGUUGGUACUGAGCUUAUGCCUCUUUGGAGUGCAUUUAUCGCAGGAAGUUUUAUCUUUGGAAAUAGUGCCAAAGAUAUUUUUGAAUCAAUAAUCUUUGUAUUCGUCACACACCCCUUCGAUGCAGGAGAUCGUGUAAUGGUUGGUGAAGAGAAUUGGGUGGUUGACAAUGUAGGACUUUUGUCAAGUACAUUCUUAAAAUGGGAUGGCUCAGUGGUUUAUGUAAAAAACUCUGUGUUAGUUCCUCUGUAUAUUAUUAACUGCCGGCGCACUGGAUGUACCGGAGAGACUGCUGAUAUUCAUGUCGGGUUUGAGACGCCUUCGUGGAAGAUCCAUAAACUGAGAGACCAUAUGGUGGAAUGGAGUGAUACACUUCCUCAUCUCUUUACACCAGGAACAACCUCCGCAAAUGUAUUAUCUUUUGAGAACCAAAACAAGAUAACUAUUUCAUUUUACUACCAACAUACCCAGAACUGGCAAGACCCUGGAGGUCGAUGGCUCCGUCACAAUACAUUUAUGAUGGAAUUAAAAGAAGCGUCAGAGCGCCUUGGCGUCAAUUAUAUCAUGCCAUUGCAACCCGUGGAUACUAAGCCGAAGAUUAAUCCCUUGGACGACAGUACCCAAACAGACAAAGAGUCUCUGGCAGACAGCAUUAAAGCCAGAAACAUUCAAAUCGAAAACGAAAGACAGGCCGAGAAAGAGAUUCGGGAAGAAGAGAUACUGUCUCAAAGAAAGCCAUACAAUUAUAAUGAAGACGGAUCAUUUUCUCCUCAUAAUAAUCAAAACAAUGAUAACGACAAUAGCAAUGGUGCUGCAGCCACUAUACUGUUUUCUUCUAUGAUGUAA